CCACUCAACCGCCCACUCUCAGUGACCGCAGCGCCACUUUCCUCGAAUACUCCCGAGUGCGUCUUUCAGAAUAGUUCCAGAACACCGCCUCAGCGGUGCUUGCUUCUGCAAUGGGUAGCGCCAGCGCAAGGGACGAUGGCCAUCAAGGCAUCAAGUACCAUUUCGUGGAACACGUAACGUCUGUUCCCAGCGUGAACUUCUUGUGCUUCGCGACCGCGGAGUGCUAUAGCGCGCUGAAGAAGCGCUCCGCCCUCGCUGCGAUCGCUCUGGGCGCCGUCGAGAAAUGCGCUUCGCACGCUUACGCCUGUGUCGGAAAGCCCGCCGUGGAACAGCUCUCCGGGCCACUUCAGGUCGCCGACGACCUCGCCUGCAAGGUCUUGCAGAAGCUCGAGAACAAUUAUCCGGUGACUAUCAAAAUGCCGCACGAGAUCAUCGGAGACGCCCGCGACUUUGGAACACGCAAGUACACCAAUGGACGCGACUACGUGAGGGAAAAGGUCGACGUCUGCCGGGACCUGUCCGAGCGUGUCCUCAAGGCUGCGUGUCAGCCAGCAGAAACUGCCGCCUCCUUCGUGCGCUGCACUCGAGCUACCGUUUGGCAGGAACUGGCCGUUGCUGAAUCGGCGUGCGACGCGUGCAUCAAAAACAUAAAUGAAGACUGCACGUCGGAGGCGCAUCCCCGAAACUAUACCCUGCCCCGAAUUUUUCGCCUGCUCUGGAAGGCCUCCAUCUGCGUAUCUCAGUACGCAAUAACCGAGCACCGAAGGGCCAAUGACCUCAUCGGAAAGGUCUUCGCUACAGCCGAGAGUGUGCUGGAAGAGCCCGCCGAGCCUUUUCACAGGCCAACGCGUUAUAUUUUGCAGACUGUGAGUGAGCAUGGCAGCGCUGCAUUCCGUCACGUGGUCAAGCUCUCUACCCAGUUUUGGCGGGUGUACGUCGACGCUUUCGUGCUCCUCUACCGGACGGUGUGGACCUCGCUUUCGGCGCUGUUAUGCGGCACAGUAUGCUCUACAGAACCGAUUAACCCCGAGCUGCUUUAUGAUGGAAGCCCUGCCCGUGGUCCAGAGGAAUCGAAAGAUGGAAGCCCUGCCCGUGGUCCAGAGGAAUCGAAAGAUGGAGGCCCUGCCCGCGGUCCAGAGGAAUCGAAAGAUGGAGGCCCUGCCCGUGGUCCAGAAGAUUCGGAAGAUGGAAGCCCUGUCGCUAGAGGUGGUGAUACAGAGGAUUUGAAAGAUGGAAGCCCUGCCCGUGGUCGAGAGGAUUUGAAAAAUGGAAGCCCUGCCCGUGGUCGAGAGGAUUUGAAAGAUGGAAGCCCUGCCCGUGGUCGAGAGGAUUUGAAAGAUGGAAGCCCUGCCCGUGGUCGAGAGGAUUUGAAAGAUGGAAGCCCUGCCCGUGGUCGAGAGGAUUUGAAAGAUGGAAGCCCUGCCCGUGCUCGAGAGGAUUUGAAAGAUGGAAGCCCUGCCCGUGGUCGAGAGGAUUUGAAAGAUGGAAGCCCUGCCCGUGGUCGAGAGGAUUUGAAAGAUGGAAGCCCUGCCCGUGGUCGAGAGGAUUUGAAAGAUGGAAGCCCUGCCCGUGGUCGAGAGGAUUUGAAAGAUGGAAGCUCUGCCCGUGGUCGAGAGGAUUUGAAAGAUGGAAGCCCUGCCCGUGGUCGAGAGGAUUUGAAAGAUGGAAGCCCUGCCCGUGGUCGAGAGGAUUUGAAAGAUGGAAGCCCUGCCCGUGGUCGAGAGGAUUUGAAAGAUGGAAGCCCUGCCCGUGGUCGAGAGGAUUUGAAAGAUGGAAGCCCUGCCCGUGGUCGAGAGGAUUUGAAAGAUGGAAGCCCUGCCCGUGGUCGAGAGGAUUUGAAAGAUGGAAGCCCUGCCCGUGGUCGAGAGGAUUUGAAAGAUGGAAGCCCUGCCCGUGGUCGAGAGGAUUUGAAAGAUGGAAGCCCUGCCCGUGGUCGAGAGGAUUUGAAAGAUGGAAGCCCUGCCCGUGGUCGAGAGGAUUUGAAAGAUGGAAGCCCUGCCCGUGGUCGAGAGGAUUCGAAAGAUGGAAGCCCUGCCCGUGGUCGAGAGGAUUCGAAAGAUGGAAGCCCUGCCCGUGGUCGAGAGGAUUCGAAAGAUGGAAGCCCUGCCCGUGGUCGAGAGGAUUCGAAAGAUGGAAGCCCUGCCCGUGGUCGAGAGGAUUCGAAAGAUGGAAGCCCUGCCCGUGGUCGAGAGGAUUCGAAAGAUGGAAGCCCUGCCCGUGGUCGAGAGGAUUCGAAAGAUGGAAGCCCUGCCCGUGGUCGAAAGGAUUCAAAAGAUGGAAGCCCUGCCCGUAGUCGUGAGGAUUUGAAAGACGGAAGCCCUGUUCCUAGCGGUAAUCCUGGGGAUUUGAAAGACGGAAGCCCUGUUCCUAGCGGUGAUCCUGGAGUUUUGAAAGACGGAAGCCCUGUCCCUAGCGGUGAUCCUGAGGAUCUGAAUGAGCAAAGCCUUCCACAUGGCGGUGCUCCAGACGAUUCAAAAGCUGGAUGCUCUGUCCAUGGCGGUCCUCCAGAGGUUCUGAAUCACGAAAGCCUUGCACGUGGCAGUAGUUCUGACGAUUCCAUAUACGGAAGCCUUAGCCGUGGCGAAAGUCCAGAGGAUCUGAAUGACGAAACCCUUGCACGUGGCAGUAGUCCAGACGAUUCCUAAGAUGGAAGCCUUGUCCCUAGCGGCGGUCCUGAUGAUCCGAAUGGCGAAAACUCUGCCGAUAGGGGCGACCAGGACGAUUCUAAACAAGGAAGCUCUGCAUGGGACAGUGAUGCAUACCAUUCGUCAUAAGUAGUCUUUCCUUAUGUACGCUUCUGCAGUAAAUAAAGCGCUUUCUUUUAAAACA